AUGGGAAGCUUCAGUGACAAACAAUUUGAGCGCCUCUUGGCAGGCCUGGAUCAGAAUACUGAUAGCGAGCCGUUUGAAAAUUUUCUUAGCAACCUAGAGGAUAUGCCGGAUAUUGCGGCAUUCAGUUCCUUUUGCGACCUAACCCUCGUCCCGAUGAUUAGUAACUACCCAGAAAGCCUUCUUUCCUUCCUCCCGCUCCUACUAAUUGAAGAGGAGGCUCUUGGCUACCUAAAGGAUAAGCCUCCGGCCUCUAUAACCGAUAGUAAGUUUAAUAUCAGUAUUAUCGAUUUCCUAUAA